AUGUCGAUCACGUGUGCGGUUGCGAACGCCGCCGCGCUUGCCGCCGCUGGGGCAGGCAAGAAGGCGGCACAAGUGCAACUUCAGGCUGAGCUGAAUACUGAUGAUGAAUGGAAUAAGUUCUUGGGGAGGGAAGGGCUUUUGGUAGUGGACGUGUACACGGAGUGGUGUGGCCCUUGCAUCGGAAUGGUCGGCAACCUGAAGAAAAUCAAAGUGGAGAUUGGCGGAGACAACCUGCAUCUCGCUAUCGCGAAAGCGGAUACCAUUGAAAGCUUGAAGAGAUUCAGAAAUCGUAGCGAACCUACAUGGAUGUUACUUGCGGCGGGUCAGCUGCUGAACGUGGUUUUCGGAGCAGAUGCCCCGCGGCUCACGCGCACCAUCGAGCAGGAGCUGCAGAGCGAGGAGCUGGUGCGGCGCGGCGAGCGGCAGCGCGUGCAGCGCGCGCCGCAUCACCUCACCCCCCAGGAACAGGAAGUAGCCCUAGCUCAAGAGAAGCUUCUAGAAGCAAAGAGAGCCAAAGAAGCGACGGCAGCUGCGAACGCGCGCACUGCGCGGCGCGAAGCGAGGGCGAAGCGUCUAGAGGCGCACUUCAACGACGUGUGUCCCGCGCUCAUGAUGCCGCACGCGCAGAAACAUUUGCGAAAAGUGUCUGAUGCGCUUGAACCGUAUGGUGUAGUCAUAGCGGACAAGUGCCCUCUAGUGCUAUCAAAAGACAAUGUCCGUGCUCUCUCCGUGGAGGACGCGUCGCUGGGUACUGAGGAGGCAGCCGCGGCGCUGGUAGAGCGGCCCUCCCUCACCCUGCUGCUAAAGAAAUUGCCAGAUAGAGAGGGGAAUGUUAUAGAGUUGGCUCGUAAAGCAUUGUUUGGUGACGGGAUAGAUUUAGAAGAAGGGGAAACCAAGAAGUUCCUAGCAGAAGAGUUCAUGGCAAACACCGUCCCAGGCCUUUUCGUUCCCGCCGACAGGCAUCAGCGAGCGGCAGCGUUGGACCUACUGUUUCCCAAGAUGGUGGGAGCACUAGUCGAGCCCCCAACCCCUGCGGAGCCCCCACACUUGCUCAUGGUAUUCGGCGCGUGGCAACGUCGCGCCAUCCUGACAAUCACAUCCACCCCCAAGCUGGCCCAACGACUGAUCAGAUACGGUUUCUUCGCGGAUGCAAGCAUAGAAGAACCGAAAUUGCUGGCCAAGAACAUAGAUCGAUAUGAGGAGAGGCCGGAAAAGGAUUACUCAGAAACAAUUGCGCUCAUGGUAGCCGUUGGAGUAGCUGAACCAGCUCUAGUCGACCCCAAGGACAUACCGCCAGAUGGACCUCCAGAAGAACUGCUGACCCUGGGUCCACUCCACGUAAGCGAGGACACUGUUACUGGGGAAGAGGAAUGCGCUAGGUUCUUCCCGCCUGGCUAUAGCGUGCCUGAACAUAAACCCAAGCCGAAGUCGAAGAAGAAGAAAAAGAAGCGUCAUGAAACUAAAGAUGGCGAGGAUAACGUCACAGAAACAUCCACUGAAGUGGCUGAAGAUGACGUUGUGGAUGGUUCCGCAGAAGGAGAUGGGGACGGGGAGGGUGAGGAUGCCGGCGACGAUAAUGGGGAUGGCGAGGAUGAAAAGGAUCCUGAGGAUGGCGAGGAUGAAACGCACCUUGAUAAAGCCACUUCACCACCGCCAAUUGCUACUUAAUCUUUACAUAACGUUUGUUUAUGCGUCUGUAAAACAAUAUCUCUACACCUAUGAAUACAAUAGAUUUUAUUUUGUUGUGUGAAAAUAUCCAUAAUAUAUGCCUCGCAAUUGUGAAGUAUCUCGUUUAUAUUUAAAAUUAUGUUUUAUUAAUGUCUUGUAUAUUGUAUACUUGUAUAGAUAGUAAAAAAAUAAGCAUAUUUAUUGUUUACAUUGCAAAUUUUUAAGUGAUAUCUUCCUAUACCACUUCGUUACGUAACACGUUACGGCGCUGGUCUGGCUCCUCUUUCUCUCACGCAUACGACUAUAUUAGUUUAGGAUAUCACUCAGGCGUCCUGACACUCACACGUUUUUUAAUAUGUAUGUUUAAAAAGGUUAAAUAAAAGACAACAUAUUAUA